GGAAAAAAACAAGAUUAUGUGUCUUUCUCGAGUCUCUUACUGGGGGCUCAGGAAUUGGAGCAAAGAAAGUCUCAGAGCGACCUUGGGUACCGUCGAUCUCCAUGUCAUCCGCCGUCCGAUCUCUCGUCCCCUUCCCCUUCCUGCUCCUCCUCAUCACAUCUUCCGUGUUCGCCUCCGAGUCGGAUCACAAGUAUCAACCAGAUGACCCAGUUACCCUUUGGGUAAAUAAAGUUGGUCCCUAUAAUAACCCACAAGAAACAUACAAUUACUACAGCCUUCCAUUUUGCCGUCCUCCGGGCAGUGCUGCUCACAAAUGGGGUGGUCUCGGUGAGGUCCUUGGUGGAAAUGAACUGAUCGAUAGCCAGAUUCAAAUAAAGUUUGAAAAAAAUGUGGACAAGGCUGUCAUUUGCCAUUUGGAUCUUGAUGAAGCAAACGUUAAACAGUUCAAGGAGGCAAUUGAGAAUAAUUACUGGUUAGAAUUAUUCAUGGAUGAUCUGCCUUUAUGGGGUUAUGUUGGUGAUUUGCGUUCUGAUAAGAACGGUGAUAAUGGCAAGCAUGUCCUUUUCACUCAUAAGAAUAUUGUCAUCCAGUACAACAAAGAUCAGAUUAUUCAUGUGAAUCUCACUCAAGAGAUCCCAAAGCCCUUGCCAGUUGGAAAAGCAUUAGACAUGACAUAUUCUGUCAAAUGGAGUCCAACUAAUGUGACUUUUGCACGUCGCUUUGAUGUUUAUUUGGAUUACCCUUUUUUUGAGCACCAGAUCCAUUGGUUCUCUAUUUUUAAUUCUUUCAUGAUGGUUAUCUUCCUCACUGGUUUGGUGUCAAUGAUAUUAAUGCGGACUCUCAGGAAUGACUAUGCAAAAUAUGCUCGGGAAGAUGAUGACCUGGAGACUCUGGAAAGAGAUGUUAGUGAAGAGUCUGGUUGGAAACUUGUGCAUGGGGAUGUUUUUCGGCUUCCUCGCAAUUUAGUUCUUCUUUCGGCUGUUGUCGGGACAGGUGCCCAGCUAGCAUUGCUCGUUCUCCUUGUCAUCUUAUUGGCAAUUGUUGGAAUGUUGUAUGUCGGGAGAGGAGCGAUUGUCACUACAUUCAUUGUAUGUUAUGCUCUUACAUCAUUCAUUUCUGGUUAUGUGAGCGGUGGGAUGUACUCACGCAAUGGGGGUAAAAGUUGGAUAAAGUCCAUGAUCCUCACAGCAUCUCUAUUUCCGUUUAUGUGCUUUGGUAUUGGGUUCAUCUUGAACAUGAUUGCUAUCUUCUACGGGUCUCUAGCAGCUAUUCCCUUUGGCACAAUUGUAGUUGUCUUUGUCAUAUGGGCUUUCAUCUCUUUCCCUUUGGCACUUCUUGGUACUGUUGUUGGAAGAAACUGGAGUGGUGCUCCAAACAAUCCUUGUCGUGUGAAGACAAUUCCUCGUCCAAUCCCCGAGAAGAAAUGGUAUCUUACACCAUCUGUAGUCUCAAUUAUGGGUGGGUUGCUACCCUUUGGCAGCAUAUUCAUUGAGAUGUAUUUUGUCUUCACGUCCUUCUGGAAUUACAAGGUGUACUAUGUAUACGGAUUUAUGCUGCUGGUUUUCUUGAUUCUCAUUAUUGUCACAGUUUGCGUGACCAUUGUGGGGACAUACUUUUUGCUAAAUGCUGAAAACUAUAAUUGGCAGUGGACUUCUUUCUUCUCUGCUGCCUCGACAGCUGUGUACGUAUAUCUGUACUCAAUAUACUACUAUUAUGUAAAGACCAAGAUGUCAGGCUUCUUUCAGACCAGCUUCUAUUUUGGAUACACUUUGAUGUUUUGCCUCGGAUUAGGAAUCCUAUGUGGGGCUGUUGGGUACCUGGGCUCGAAUUUAUUUGUAAGGAGGAUCUACAGAAACAUCAAGUGUGACUAGGACUCGAAGAGGAAAGAUACGUACACUUCCCCUGAGAACUUAUUUUGAGGGAAAGCUUGCUGUUGUCUACAAGGGCCUCCGCAUUGUCUAUAGAUUAAAAUCACAUGGUUUAGCGAUGGGGAUGCAUUCUUCUUUCUCUAGACUGGGGAUGAUGCCCCCAAGAUUUUUCGUGUUUUCCCCGGCUGUAAGUGAAAGCCUUAAUUUAGGAUGUAAAAGUUGGUUUUUACAGUCUAGUAGGUUAUAGCAAAUAUGGGACUCGCUUGUCAAUUUUAGCUAUUUUCUUCUGCCCCAUUACAAAUAGUGCCUGUGUAAGGAUCGAUGCCUAAUUUCCCCGUUUCUUUCUUUUUUAUUUUGUUCUGCUACUUGACACACUCUGGGACAAAGGAACUUGUGAAGGGGAGGGAGGACUUAAGCAAUGAAUUUUUGUGCCUCUGAAUAUGUGAGGAUUUAUAAGAUUUUGUCUCUUGAUCUGUUUA